AUGGCGAUGGAUCAAGUGAACGCGCUGUGCGAGCAGCUGGUGAAAGCGGUGACGGUCAUGAUGGACCCCAGCUCCACCCAGCGCUAUCGGCUGGAAGCCCUCAAGUUUUGUGAAGAGUUUAAAGAAAAGUGCCCUGUUUGUGUCCCCUGCGGCUUGAGGUUGGCUGAGAAAACACAAAUUGCCAUCGUCAGACAUUUUGGCCUUCAGAUCCUGGAGCACGUUGUUAAGUUUCGGUGGAACAGCAUGUCUCGAUUGGAGAAGGUCUAUCUGAAGAACAGUGUCAUGGAGCUGAUUGAAAAUGGAACACUGAACAUCUUAGAAGAAGAGAAUCAUAUUAAAGAUGUUCUGUCUCGAAUUGUAGUAGAAAUGAUUAAGCGGGAGUGGCCACAGCACUGGCCUGACAUGCUAAUAGAAUUGGACACUCUUUCCAAACAAGGGGAAACACAGACAGAAUUAGUGAUGUUCAUCCUUUUGAGACUGGCCGAGGAUGUAGUGACCUUUCAUACACUGCCCUUUCAAAGAAGAAGGGACAUCCAGCAAACAUUAACCCAGAACAUGGAAAGAAUCUUCAGUUUUUUACUUAACACACUUCAGGAAAAUGUAAACAAGUACCGGCAAGUGAAGACAGAUAAUUCUCAGGAGCCAAAGGCUCAAGCAAAUUGUCGAGUAGGAAUUGCAGCCUUAAACACGCUGGCAGGUUACAUUGACUGGGUGUCCAUGAGUCACAUCACUGCGGAGAACUGCAAGCUCCUGGAGGUACUGUGCCUGCUGCUCAACGAGCAGGAGCUUCAGCUGGGAGCAGCCGAGUGUCUUCUCAUUGCAGUGAGCAGAAAAGGCAAGUUGGAAGAUCGGAAGCCCUUAAUGGUCUUAUUUGGAGAUGUUGCUAUGCAUUAUAUACUCUCUGCUGCACAGACUGCUGACGGAGGAGGCUUGGUAGAAAAACACUAUGUCUUCCUGAAAAGACUUUGUCAGGUGUUGUGUGCUCUGGGCAAUCAGCUGUGUGCGUUGCUGGGUGUGGAUUCUAAUGUAGAAACACCAGCAAACUUUGGAAAAUACCUGGAAUCUUUUCUUGCUUUCACAACGCAUCCAAGUCAGUUUCUACGCUCUUCAACUCAAACGACUUGGGGAGCCCUCUUCCGGCAUGAGAUCCUGUCCCGUGAUCCUUUGCUAUUAGCAAUGAUACCAAAAUAUCUUCGUGCUUCUAUGACAAACGUGGUCAAGAUGGGCUUUCCUUCUAAAACAGAUAGCCCUAGCUGUGAAUACUCUCGAAUUGAUUUUGAUAGCGAUGAGGACUUCAAUGCUUUCUUCAACUCCUCCCGGGCCCAACAAGGAGAGGUAAUGAGGUUAGCAUGUCGUUUGGAUCCCAAGACUAGCUUCCAGAUGGCUGGGGAAUGGCUAAAGUAUCAGCUGUCAACUUCUGUUGAUCCUGGAUCCAUAAACUCUGGAAUUGGGGAAAGCGGCCUCUGCUCCAUCUUCUCACCUUCAUUUGUGCACUGGGAAGCCAUGACCUUUUUUUUGGAAAGUGUGAUCAACCAGAUGUUUCGAACACUAGAUAAAGACGAAAUCCCUGUUCAUGAUGGAAUAGAGCUAUUGCAGAUGGUCUUGAACUUUGACACUAAGGACCCUCUCAUUCUGUCUUGUGUUCUCACUGAUGUCUCAGCACUCUUUCCAUUUGUCACCUACAGACCAGAGUUCCUGCCCCAGGUCUUCUCCAAGCUAUUUUCGUCUGUCACUUUUGAAACUGUUGAAGAAAGUAAGGCCCCCAGAACCCGGGCAGUCAGGAAUGUGAGAAGACAUGCUUGUUCCUCCAUCAUCAAAAUAUGUCGAGACUACCCUCAGCUUGUGUUGCCCAAUUUUGACAUGCUUUAUAACCACGUAAAGCAACUCCUCUCCAAUGAGCUGCUCCUGACACAAAUGGAGAAGUGUGCCCUCAUGGAAGCCCUGGUUCUCAUUAGCAACCAGUUCAAGAACUAUGAGCGUCAGAAGUUGUUCCUUGAGGAGCUGAUGGCACCAGUGGCCAGCAUCUGGCUUUCUGAAGACAUGCACAGAGUGCUGUCGGAUGUUGAUGCAUUUAUUGCCUAUGUGGGUGCAGAUCGGAAAAGCUGUGAUCCUGGCCUGGAGGAUUCCUGUGGCUUAAACCGUGCACGAAUGAGCUUUUGUGUGUAUAGCAUUCUGGGUGUUGUGAAACGAACUUGCUGGCCCACUGACCUUGAAGAGGCCAAAGCUGGGGGGUUUGUAGUGGGUUAUUCGCCCACUGGAAAUCCAAUCUUUCGUAACCCCUGCACAGAACAGAUUCUGAAACUUCUUGACAAUUUGCUUUCCCUUGUAAGAACUCACAAUACUUUAUAUGCACCAGAAAUGCUAGCCAAAAUGGCAGAGCCUUUCACAAAGGCUCUGGAUAUGCUUGAAGUGGAAAAAUCUGCUAUUUUAGGAUUACCUCAGCCUCUCUUGGAACUGAAUGACUCUCCUGUUUACAAAACGGCCUUGGAAAGAAUGCAGCGUUUCUUCUCCACCCUCUAUGAGAACUGUUUCCAUAUCCUGGGGAAGGCAGGCCCUUCCAUGCAGCAGGACUUUUACACCGUGGAGCACCUGGCUGCCCAGCUUCUCAGCUCAGCCUUUGUCAAUUUGAACAAUAUUCCUGACUACCGACUCAGACCCAUGCUUCAUAUCCUUUCAAAGUCCCUAGCUAUCCCAGAAGAUUGA